GCCGGCGUAGCCACACGCUGCGCUCCGUAGCAGCGUGCUACGAGACUACGUACGAAAAAUUCAGUGCUUUUCGAGUUUGUGUGUUGAAAUAUAAAUGUAAAAAAUAAUAUUAAAUGAAUCUUUAGUGAAGUUUUGUUUUUAAAAUAGAAGAAAUAAAAUAGACUUUUUUUAGUUAAUUUGUAAUUUAAAUGGUUCAAUUAAAAUGAGUGUAGAAUUAUUGAAUUUACUGAAGUAUGAAGCGAAGAUUGAAUCUGACAGUAAAUCUGCUGGUGGCCAUUGGAUCAGAAGAAAGGAGGCUUUAAGAGCGAAGAGAGGUCGGCAUGGUACACAGAAACUUAGGAAUAGAAGACAAAUUGAUACGAUAACGUCCAUAACUGAAGGCCCAGACCUUCAAGAGAAGUCUACCAGAAGAAGUCAGCCACACUCGUCGCGUAUCUCCGCCGGUGAGAGCGAAUGGAGUGGAGCAACGGGUGGUCCUCCUGCAGAAGUAGUGUUGCGGCUACAUCCACCAUCCUCGACGUCACGGGUCAACGCUUCGUUAGCUGACGUCGAUGGCAGUGGAGUGGUGGUGAGGGCCGAGGAAGCCCUGAUAGUAGCCUUCGUCCUCCUGCUCUGGGUGGCAGCUAUAGCCUUGUUCUUCAAUCGAUGGGGCAAGAUCAGGUGCGUCUAUAAACUAAUGCUGGAGCCAUAUCAGCCGAAGUUCCAACAGCAGCAUCGUCAGAGUUGUGCUUUAGCUGAGAAUUCUGUGUCCGUGCCUCCACACCACCGAGCAUCACUGUCACGCGGCUGUGUGUCAUACGACUGCGGGGCAUCAUUCCCAUCUUAUCAACCAUGCGGGUACCUGUCCCAUAGACCGCGGCAGAACUCGGUGUUCGUAAGUAGCAUGGGCAUGGGAGGGAUGGCACUCAUUCCUGAGAGUCCACCUAGACGCUCGCGGUCUGCAGCCGACAUCCCAGCCCUCAUCACGCCAUCAGAAAUGUCUCACCACACGCCCAGGUCUUCGAGAGCAGCCAGCUUACACAGCGCAGUAGACAUCAGAGUAGUUCCAUCUCCAAGAACGUCCAGAGCUGCAAGUCUACAUUCAGCAGUAGAUAUGCCACAUGGGUCUGUUCAAGUUCACGUCAGAGGAUCGGGGUCGAACUUGAAUAGACCGAGAAGUCCAAGACGAUUAACUAUAACUAAUGUCUAAUUUAAGCGUAACUGAAUUCUAUGUCUACGGUUUUAAGGACCAAUAUGUAUUUAUGGCUGUCUAAGUCAUUAUAUUAUGUUUUCGUUUAGUAAAUGACUAUGAUAUUCAAAGAUCUUUCGUACUCAGAAAGUUUAUGAUUAAAUUGAAUAGUUUAACUUAAUUUUAAUCCACAAUAAUUUUCAUCGUGUAUUUAUUCUUUCUAAACGCAUUGAAACGUAGCUUUAAAUGGACUAUGAACAUUAGUAAUGACUCACUAAUUUGAUAAAAUUUUGAAUGCUUUCAAUGAAAUAUUGUGGUGUGAGGUUCGAAAUGUACCAAUGAAUUAUAAUGUGUAGAUAUAAGUUCUAGAAUAAUCUUCUAUAUUUCCAGUAGAUUAGUAUUCUUCUCUUCUCUUCGUCAUAUCUGUCGUAUGUAUACAUAUACUUAGUAGAUAGAUUAGUGCGUACGCGCAAAACUUAGAUGUGUGGUGCUAUUAUUAGUAUCAAAAUUAAUGUCUUUCUUAACUAUUUCAUUAUCAGGACUGUUACGAUUUAAUUUGUUUGUGUCGGUUAGAAAGAACGUUGCUUUAAUUGCCUCUGUACCUCUUCCAUUUAUUAAUUUAUUCAUUGAUGUGUUUGCAUGGAUUGGUAAUAGUUGUAUUAAAACUAAAGUUAGAUCAUCAUCCAGCCACCAGGUGAUUUGGAACUGAAAGACUCCUUCCAACUAGAAUUUACCAUGUUUCGUCAAUCAUGUUAUCAUCCCUAAUAUUAAUUGCCAAUCCAUGUAGUUCUUAUCUCUUUGAACUACAUACCUCAAAAAGGAAUUAAUGUAGGUACGUUACUUAAUAAUUUUCUAUGUUGUAAAUGUUUGCUACUUAAGUAAAAUCAUUUAAUUUAUCAUCUACAAAUAAUUUGGCCCUGUCGAGUACGUCCUUCGUGUCUACGCUAAUAUCAUAAGCAAUCUUAUUAACUUUAGAUAAGGUUGAUAAUAAUAAAUUCUUGUCAAGUUCUGAAUUUAUCAUUACCGGUUUGUUAUUUAAUAUUUUACUGUCAAAUAAAGCUAUAAAGCUAUCUACUACCUGUGUUUAGUAUAAUUUGUUUUCUCUUUCAUAAAGUUUAGUGUCUUAUUCAUUUUAACCAUUUUUAUUGUUAUUUACUGUUAUAUUUAAUUUUAUAUUCAUAAAAAUAUUUGAAGUAUCUCAGUUCUUUAAAUUAACAUCAAACCAAUUCGUAUCAAUUUUAGAAACAAUUCUUGCUCGUAUAUUCUAAAUAAUGUAGCUAUAAUAAUAUAUUUUAAUGGCCAAAUACUGUUAUAUCUUUGUACAUAGUAGCUUUAUAAUAAAAAUCAAUUUAAUUAUAACGUUACUUCACUUUCAGAUGUAACUAUAAAAGAUUGAUUAACUUAUAUAAUUCUUUUGACCUUGAUAAGAACUAGACGAAACUCAUGAAUUCUCAUGAAGUAUGUAACGAAAGUCAAAUGGAUGAAAAACGUUCAAAUAAUUUCUAAAAAUAAAAUAAUCAAUCUUGUGGUGAAGCUACCUGAGAGUGACGUAACGGAGUUAUUUUACGUAAGGGCUAUUAAAUUUAAUAAUGAUACAAUAGAAAUAACCUUCACAAUAGCAAACAGCUACGUUGUACAUCAAUAUGAAUACAAAACGCUACUUAAUGAUAGCCAUACCAUGGGUCUACUUACAACUGUAACAAUUGAUUUGGAACUCUAAAACUGGAAAGUCAUAUAGGUAAAUUCGCUUUUAACAAACGCACAUGAAAUAAUAAACGAAGAACUGUUUGUAAAAAGACUAUAAAACAGAACUUUUACACGUAAACAACAUUUAAAAAACAUAGUAUUGGCCGACAUUUCCUAACAGACUGCUGUGAAAAGAAAUGCCGAAACAAACUUGAGGUAAUACAAACUUAGAGGAUAUAGACAGAAAGCGUAUAUUUCUUGAGAAUAUGCAAAGCUAAGAAAAUAUAUAGUAAGUUUGAUAUAAAUCAAAGAGGAUCCAAUACAGAAGGCAUAUCAACAAACCUAAUGUCAUAUAAUGAAUAAGAACAGCUCAAUUCGAGUUCGAUGUUCAUCUGUUUGGCAAGCCUUAUCCUAGUCAAAAUUCAAAUGAGUGAAAUCUCAAACUCACAAGCAAAAUGUAACCCAUGGUAGCACCCAAAUACAAUCGAUAGCACAUUCUAUCUUUAGACCACCAAGACGACUGUCAUUCAAACCGAAAUAUUGUUUAAAUUAACAUGUACAUAGCUGUGUAAGGUAAAAAUAUAUUUUAUGAUACUAUACCUAAGAUUGUAAGCCUGUAAACAAAAAUCAAUUACGAUUCUAUGUAAAUAUUGUAAUGAAAAACUCACAAAUCAAUCGUGCCUGCGAUGUCCUUGCAAAUAAAUUAUAUUUUUGUGCCAUUCGACUAUCUAAGGCAUGUUCUAGAUUUAAGCUAAUCUUAUUCUAAUACAUUCAUUGUUAUUAUCAAAAUUGUAUAAAAUUUUCAUAUUCCGUCCGAGAAUGACGUUUUCGCCUUCUUUUUCAUAGAUAUUUUUGUUAAGUCCUUCAGUUUCUUCUAGUGUAUCUUUCUGUUUUAUUGGUUCUUUAAAAUUGGUGUCUUUAUCUUCCUAAUGAAUUGGUUAAACAUUAUCUUCAUCACUACUGUUAAUUAUAAAAUUAUUGAUAUCAUUAAAAUUAUUGGUUAAUU